UGUAUGAAUCGGAUAGUGGCACUGAUGAGAAUGAGACAGACACAGAGAGUAGGCCACCACAAGUUAUUGACCAAGCAACAACGCCCAAAGAGUCACAAAGCCUACUUUCAUCUCCGCCUCGCUUAUCUGCAUAGGCAUUGCGUGAGGCCAGCAGUGAUGUGCAAAGUGCUUCUCCAAUACAAGGUGCUUCUGAUACACCCUUCCGUGGGCAGAUUAUUGGGCCCACUGCUGUUACACAGAUUCUCCGAGUCUUGGAGACAAUGCGAGAGAAGAAUCGUGAUAUUAAGAGGAUGGUGCAGCGAAUGCUGUUAAGGUCAGCAGCAGAUGACCAACCGCUGCAACUUCCGAAAGAUAUCUCAUUCCCUUUUCGUUAUCCUGAGCUGAUGGAAGCAUUCGAUAAGCUUCUGGGAGAUCAGACAAUGCUCUCAUCUGUGGUGCGGUUCCUCUCAAUGUUUGGUAUGGCAGAUGUACGGGAAACUGUUGACCGCUUGAUGAAAAAAACCAUGUCAAAUGAACUGGCAAGAAUGUACAAUAUGAAGUGGCUGAAGGGGAAGAAAAAGGUUUGUGGGCCUCUAGAUACUGAAUGUAUUGUAUAGUAAGUGAUAUUUUACAAAUUUGCAAAGUGGUGUCUUCAAAAUAGAUAUAUUAUCCAAGAUCUUGUUAUUGUGUCUUCGGGUAUUGCUUUAAUGAAGGAAAAUGCUUGACUAGCUUUUAUGGAAAUUAAUAAGAGAGAAUAUUU